AAGCUGGAUGCGAGACAAUUAAGCGAAAACACUAAGACACACUCUGCUCACUUCAGCGAUCUGCAAACCACGGCAUACUGCCAGAACAAGAAAGAAGCUUGCUAGCGCACCUACACUCGGCGUCGUCGCUAACACAAGCGACGUGUUAGAUACCUGGUAGACAUUUGUUAAGGAAAAACCAUUGGGAUGGCGACGUCCGACGACAAUGCGCUUGAUGUUCAAGACCAACUGAACGGUCGCAACAGCAAGAGCCUGCUUCGAGGACACGAGCGGCUAUACGAUGCUUAUAAUGAGCUGCAUAUGCUGGCUCAGACGUUCAAUAAGCCGUUUGACGCUCCUGCGAUUCUGGUGGUUGGCCAUCAGACGGAUGGAAAGUCAGCCCUCAUUGAGGCCUUGAUGGGUUUCCAGUUCAACAGCGUGGGAGGCGGCACCAAGACGCGCCGCCCCAUCGCAAUCCAUAUGAAGUACAACGGCUCCUGCGCUGCCCCCGCCUGCUACCUCAAGUCGGAGGACGGAGGCUCGGAGCAGGAACUCAGCCUAGCGGAGCUGCAGGCCUAUAUCGACGCUGACAACGCAAUGCUUGAGAAGGAGCAGCGCUUCGCCGCUCGGGAGAUUGUGGUUCGCAUGGAAUACAAGCACUGCCCCAACCUCACCAUUAUCGACACCCCAGGCCUCAUCUCCCCGGCACCUGGCAAGAAAAACUGCCCGCUCCAAGCCUGUGCAGCGCAGGUGGAGGAGAUUGUGCGCGCCAAGGCUCAGACCCCCGAGUACGUGAUUCUGUGCCUCGAGGACUGCAGCGAUUGGAGCAAUGCCACCACCCGCCGCCUGGUCAUGCAGGUCGACCCCAGCCUCAACCGCACCGUCCUGGUCAGCACCAAGCUCGACACGCGCAUCCCGCAAUUCGCGCGUGCCGCCGACUGCGAGAUGUUUCUCAAGCCCGCGCUUCUAGAGGGAUGCGGCAUGCUGGGCGAUGCGCCCUUCUUCACCUCGGUUCCCUCGGGCCGUGUGGGUUGCGGAGCCGACUGCGUGUUCCCAAGCCAUGAUGCCUUUCGGGAGAGGCUUGCGGAGCGGGAGGUGACGGAUGUGGGCGAGCUGGAGGCAAAGCUGGGACGCAAGCUGAGUCGCGCUGAGCGGGACCAUAUCGGCGUGGGGGCGCUGCGGCGCUACCUGGAGCAGCUGCUGCAGCGACGCUACCUGGACGCGGUUCCCUCCAUCGUUCCGCUGCUGGAGGCUGAGCAGCGAGCCACCCUGCAGCGCAUGGAGGCGGUGCGGCGCGAUCUGGCCAACCUGAACCCCGAGCAGCUCAAGGACAAGGGCCGAGCCUUCGUAGACGCCUUUCUCAACCGGCUGCAGCAGCUGCUGCGGGGCACCAUCACAGCACCCGCGGACAAGUGGGGCGAGACGCUGGCGGACGAGCACUCACGCGGAGGCUCCUUUGUUGCCGCCCACGCCAGCUCCCGGCUGCAGCAGCCCCCCCUGUCGGAGCCGGUGCCCAAUGCGGGCAUGCGGCUGUACGGGGGGGCGCAGUUCCACCGGGCCAUGACGGAGUUCAGGCUGGUGGUUGGCGCGCUGCCCUGCCCCGAGGUCAGCCCCGAGGAGAUCGUCAACGCGUGCGGCCUCGACAUGGAGGGCGGCCAUGACGGCGCCAACUACGUGCGGGCGGCCUGCGUGAUUGCGGUGGGCAAGGCGCGGGAGCUGCUGGAGCCCUUCAUCCAUCAGCUGGGCUCCCGCCUAGCCCAUGUGCUCCGCCGACUGCUGCACAUCAGCCUCGCGCUCAUGCAGCAGCAGCAGCCUCUGGACGGCUGCUGCUCGGCAUCCUACGGAGGCGGCGCCGCCGCUGGUGCCUACGGAGCCGGCAUCGGCUGCAGUACACCCGGCGGCGGACUGGCGGCGCCGCCUGCGGUUGCACUGACGGAUCAGUUUGUAAGGCGCGUGUCCAGCACGUUUCACUCGUUUCUGAGCCAGGUGGAGGAGAGUUGCAAAGAGAGGUGUCUGGAGGACCUGGCUUCCACCACUCGCUACGUCAGCUGGAGCCUGCACACGCGCAACGGCAAGGGGCUCAGGCAGUUCCUGGGCAAGCUCCGUCUGACCUCAUCCGACGGCGGAGGCAGCGCAACGGUCGGCCCCAACAACUCCAACGGAAACAACGGCCCUGCAACCACCAGCAACCCAGCACCCAACGGCGGCAAGCAGGGCGGGUCCGCGGGUCUAGCUGCCGUACUCAGUCGCGAACCCUCCAUGGGUAACGCCGGCGGGGGCGGCUCCUGCAGCGGCCCCAUGAUCCUACCGGACAUGCUGGAGGCGACGCUAUGGAACAGGAACCUCACCUGUGUGAGCGAGGACAUCGUGAGGGCGCUGGUGCUGCAGAUGUUUGAGGGCGUCCGGGACUACCUGGUGCAGGCCGCAGAGCUCAAGUUCAAUUGCUUCUUCCUGAUGCCGCUCGUCGACUCCUUCCCUUCACGACUGCGCAAAGAAAUCGAAUGCGCGUACGAAGAGGGCCUAGAUGACGUCUUUGACGCCGCUGCCGUACGCAGCGCCCUAGAGGGUCGCGCCGCGGAGCUCCAAGAGGAGCUCAGGCGCGUGGAGCGGCUGCAGCGGAAGUUCCACUCCGUUCACUCCACACUGGUGCACGGCCCCUCCCUGGCUUCGGGACCCACCAGCCGGGCCAUCAUGGACCUGGAUGCCUCCUCGGUGUUUGCAUCCGUCGUGGCCUCACCCAUGCAGACACCGGUGCAGCAGCAGGGGGGGCUGCAGGGGCUGCAACAGCAGCAGGCGGCGCUAGGCGGGCGGCUGGCGGCGGUGGGAGCAGCCCGGACACCGGAACAGGGUGUGAAGAUGGCCAUGUUGGGUUCCUCACCCAACCCCGUGGUCGGCAGCGCGGGCCGCAAGGUCACCGCCUCCGCCACCGGCGCGGCAGCAGUAGCAGCCGGCGGCAUGGGUGGGCUGUCCCUGGCACAACAGGCCCGCACACUGGCUCAGCAGCAGCAACAACAGCUGAUGCAGCAGCAACAUAUGGCGGCUGGCGGGAACAACGGAUCGGCGCUUGAGAGGGACCGGGCGGAACGGGAUGCGAAGGACAAGCCGAUGCUGAACAUGACGGCUGCGGAUAAGGCGGCGCUGAUGCAGCAGCAACAGCAACACGGCUUUGCUGGCGCCGUUGUUGGCAAGUAACUAACUGGGGCAUGGUGGCGCUGGAACCACUUGGGAGCUUAGGGUGCUUAGUCACUUGGGUACAUUGAUGAUUAUAUAUGCGGGUGGAUGGAGGCGUGGGAAGGACAGACCAACUGCAUCGGCAGGUGAAGAUUUUGUGAUUCCGGUAAUGGGCCUUGUUGAAGCUUGCGUGUAUGGUAGGGUAGGUAUGGUGCGUGCGCGGCGUCCAAUGCAGUGAAACGGCGUGUGCGCACAACUUACUCUUUUUGCAGGCCUUUUGCAGCCUUUUGUAUCAUAACUUGUGGUAUGUGGAAAUCUAGCAGCAUGGUUGCAUGCACCUGGGUUUCGCUUUUGGCACAAAGUAGGGAGGUCAUUUGAAGCCGUGGGAGACGCGAGACGACCCAUGGGUCGCCACAUACUACACCAAUAUGUAUCAUUGCAUGCCGAUCGCCGAUUGACAAUUGGGUUGUGGUAAGGCACAUCUCGUCACCUAUUUUACUGGCAUUAGCCAGCAGCUGUUCGCAGUGACUGACUCGUUCCUUGCCAACUGGGUCAGCUUAAGAUCUGCUGUACGUCGUACUCAUAUAACAGCAGUACAAUGGAGUACAGCAGUACACCCGCCUCGAGCGAUACACGCCGUAUCGACACCCAACCCAUUAUUAAGGGUGUUAAAAUAACUGGCCGCGAGGCGAAACGUACUGUGAUUGCCGAAAGAUGAAGGGUGUGUGGAUCUAGCUAUUGCGCCAUGUGCGCAACACCCGGUCGAAUGCUGAGACCUUCCUCUCUUGCAGUGUAGAGUUGGGUUCAACACCCAUGCUCCCUUUUGGGAAGCUAUUGUAACGGUC